UCUCUUUGCUGAGUGAAUGACUGAGGGGGGUGAAUUUGGGCGGAGACGCACGAGAAGUUUGGCAACAACUUUAGCUCGUCCCUUCCUGUUAAGGCUGCAUUAGUCGCCACUCUUAACGAUGCCAAAUGCAAAUGAUCUACAGAUUUACUGAUAUGGAGACAAAAAGAAUUUUCCAGCUUAAUUUGGAUCACACUUCGCUUACCCUCUCUGUAAACAAGAGAAAAUUUAACCAAAAUACCGAACGACAUGACUCUUCUACUGAGAGGAGUCACUGUUCUGUUACUAACAUUUACAGCAUGUGAUACUUCACUUGACAGUGUCACUUUGGAAUUGCUUGAAAAAUGCCAGGAUGAUCCGGAAACACUGGACUUCUUGGACCAAAUCUGUAACGUUACAGAGCAGAGAUCAGACUUAUCUCAGGAGGAAGUGGAAAGUUGUUUGAGUUUAAUCAUGUAUCUCACAACUUGUGAAAUAACUGAUGCUCCUGACCAAACUACUCUAAGAUCCUUGGGAAAUAAGUUAUUGCAGGUAAAUGAAAACCUGGUGUCUAAAUUGGUGGAGGAAACAGACACCUACAGCAACAUCAGCUUCUCUGUCCAAAAUUUAGAAGUCCAAGUUUUCAUGAUUGGACCUAAUGUCACCUUGAAGGAAAUCCCCACACUCAUCACAAGCUAUGCGUCUUUGUAUAUCGAUCUCAUCGGGAUUUCAGAGGAAACAGAUGGAUCAGCUGCUGUGGUCUUCAUGAGUUACACAAACAUGACAGACAUCUUUAAACCUAGUCUCUUUGACACAGAUAUCAUCUCAAAUAAAAGUUUAAUGUCAGCUGUGAUCUCAUUCUCACUUCCUCAAACCUUCAACACAUGGAUCCUUGAGACAAUCGACUUCACUGUUAGUCACAUCAAAGAGAUAGACCCAAGGGCCAUUCUGUCUUGUUUGAACUGGGAGAUAAACGAUUGGCCUAGCUGUUUCAUCUCACAGACCAACAGAACUCACUCUGUGUGCUCUUGUUAUUACGGGACUACAUUUGCUCUCAUCAGUGAGACUGACCCAUGCAUGGUUAAUUCAACUGAAUACUGUGAAGAGGAUUUCCUGAUUCGUAUGUUAGACUACAUAUAUUCCAUAGAACAAUUACCACAGGAGACUGUGGAACAUUAUUUGAACACAACAUUGAACCUUAUUACACAUGGUGAAAAACAAUCUGCGUCAGAAUACUUUGGAGAUAUAUUACUGGAGGUAAAUGAGAUGCUGCUGUAUAUACUGGAGAAGCAAACAGAUACCUACAAUUCCAUCAGCAUCUCUCUCCAAACUUUAGAGGUUCAAGUUUUUGUGGUUGGACCUAAUGUCACCUUGAGCAAAAUCCCCACACUCAUCACAAGCAAUGCAUCUCUGGACAUCGAUUUCACUGGAUCAACUUAUGUGGCCUUCAUGAGCUACACGACCUUGGGAGGCAUCCUAGAACCUUACUUCUCUGACAAAUUUGAUGACUCAAUUAAAACCAUUAUAUCUACUGUGGUGAAAACAACAACAACCUUCAACUUGCUCAAGGGCUUCACCCUCAACUACACCCUCAAACAUGUCAUUGAGUCAGUCCCUGAGGGCAUUCUCUCCUGCGUACACAGGGAUUGGUACAUGUGGGAUACAGGUUACUGUACCGUCACACAGACCAACAGCACUCACACUGUGUGUUCUUGUAAUCAGCUGAUACCCCUGGCCCUAUUCGUGCUGACUAUCCCAUGCCGGGAUAAUGUGACAGUACAGUGUGCAAUGAGUUUCCUGGAUCAAAUUAGGUACAAUACAGCUGAACAAUUACCGCAGAAGCUUGUGACACUUUAUUUCAACAUGACAGUUAAUCUCAUGAGUCAUGUGAAAGAUGUUGCUUCGGAAGAGAAUGAUCUAAUAUCCUUUGCAAAUAAAGUAUUGGAAGUCUAUGAAAAACUGGUGUUUACCCUGAUGGAGAAAACAGACAACAUCUCUCUACAAAAUUUAGAUGUUCAAGUGAUUGUAGCUGGACCUAAUGUCACGUUCUUCACAAGCCAUGCAUCUCUGGAUAUCACUAGGUUUUCAGAGAAUAACCAAGUCCCAGGUUCUGUGGCCUUUGUGAGCUUCACUAACAUGUCAGACAUCUUCAAACCUGCAUUCUUCAAAACAAUUAUCAACACAAACAAAACGCUGAUGUCCCCUGUGGUAUCAGUUUUACUACCCCAAACCACAAAAACGACACAACUCACCAAAUCAAUCAACCUCACCUUCAUGCACACCAGUGUGUUAGAACCUGAUUUCAGUCUCUCCUGUGUGUACUGGAAGGAAAAAGAAUGGCUUGAAGAUGGCUGUGAGAUCAUACAGACUAACAGCAGUCACACAGUGUGCUCAUGUAAUCGCCUGAAUACGUUUGCUCUCAUAAUGGAGACUGACCCAUGCAGGGUUAAUUUGACAGAAUCAUGCAUCAACAAUUUCUUGAAUCAAAUCUCAGCUCAAGAAUUACCACAGAAGGUUGUGGAACGUUAUUUGAACAUCACAAUUAAUCUUGUGACUCGUGUAAUAAAACAAGCUACUGACAAAAACAUACUCACAUACUAUGGAAAUGCUGUAUUGGUUGCAAAUGAGAAAUUGGUGUCUACACUCGUGAGAAAAUCACACACCAACAACAUCAGCAUCACUCUCCAACAUUUAGAGGUUGUAGUAUCCAUGGUGGAGGCAACUGUUGACACUGUAAACAACAUUUCCCAACUCAAAACAAGCAACGCGUUCAUGGAUAUCGAUCUCAUUGGGAUUUCAAGGAAUAAUAAAGGAUCAGCUGCUGUGGCCUUCAUGAACUACGCUGGCAUGGCAGAAAUCCUGAAACCUAGCAACACAGAGAAAAUCAUGAUUUCCACUGUGGUGUCAGCAACACUUCCUAAAACCCCGAACACAUGGUUCACCCAACCAGUCAACAUCACCUUUAAACAUACCAAAGAGUUAGACCCUGAAGGUAGACUCUACUGUGUGUACUGGAUGGAUAAAGAAUGGGUUGAAAUUGGCUGUGCUGUUCUACAAAUUAAUAGCACUCACACUAUGUGUUCCUGUAAUCACCUGUCAGUGUUUGCUCUCAUCAUGGAGGUUGUUCCAUGUAAGAAACUAUUUGGAGCCACAUUGUCUCUGCACUGUAACCCUCUGCUGGACAUGUCCAUUGCUCAGGGAGUGGGAGUUUUCUUCCUGUCCUUGUGUCUACUGACAUUUGAUUUUUGUUGUCAGGACCCAAAUAAAACCAACACAGCCAUAAUAAACUUGUGUUUAAACCUCCUGAUGUUUCACCUUCUCAACCUGCUCAAACCUCUUUUCCAACCCCAUCUACGGCCCCCGCAAGCAUGUGCAAUUGUGAAUGGUAUCCGGUGGUUUUUCUUCAUCUCUGCAUUUGUGUGGAUGUUCAUCGAGACUGUGCUGCUCUUCCUAUUCUUGAAGAAUAAAUCCCAGAUCAGAUCAAACCUGGGACAGGGGAUUAGGUGGAAAUGGUUAAAUAUGAUUGGAUACCUCAUUCCCCCAGUAGUGGUGAUUGUGUGUGCUGUAGUCCAACCACAACAAUCUAUUAACGAAGAAUGCUGGGGAUCUAAGGAUAUAAACAUGAUCUUUGACAUUCCUGUACUUUUCAUUGUUGCAUCAAAUGUGCUUCUCUUCAUCAUCAUCAUUACGAUGAUGAUCUUCACCUUGAAACAGCUGAGAAAUCAGAACAUACGGAGGCGCAACAGAAAUGACACAGAUCUCAUGAUUCGUGUGAUGUUUAAAAGCCUGGCCCAGUUUAUCAUCCUUGGUUGCUACUGGAUACUCCAAUAUAUCCCCAGUGAUAAUGUGGCUUUAUAUAAUGUCUUCCUGUUCCUCAACUCCCAGCAGGGCACCUUCAUCUUCAUCGUCCACUGUCUCCUCAACCAAGAGGUCAGGCAGAAGUACAGGAAGUUUCUGUGUGAUAUCUGCUGCUUUAAAACCCUUGGAACCACUACAGAAGUCGAACAGACUCACGAGACUCAGCACUGAAUUCACAAUAACAGAAUUUACAAAAUAAACAGCAUGUCUCCAUCUGUUUUCUUCCUCAUAUACAACAUCAAAUAGCCAAUGAUUACUUCUUAUUUACUUAAAGACGCAUUAUACUUUUGUAUGUUUUUACUAUUUGCAUAUUCCUAGUCACAUUUAAUGUUGUGGAACAUCCUUGAAAUAAAGUUCCUAUCACCUGU